AUGUUCGGUCGCUACAGCAUCCAGCAAUUCUCCUUCAUGGCGGAUGCCAUCAACAAGGAUACCGGGAAGGAAGUGACAUUCACCGUCAAUGGAGACUUGACAAGCUUCACCGUUCGUGUCCAGAAUCAGGAAGAAACCGAGAAAGUGGAGGCCGAUCAAGUUGUUCCCGCGGUUGCUAUUGCCCAGCCAUUUACUCCCACAGAAGUUGCCGAUGCCGCUCCCCCUUCCCCAACUGCUGAAAGUCUGUCUUCGCAAUCGGAAUAUUCGGAGGAAUUGUCAGCUGACGACGGAACGGACGCAAACUAUGGCAUGGAACAGCAAGUCGACUUUCUUACCGAAGGAUUGAAUGACAGCGUCAACAUCUUGGACACCACUGAUUCCAGUUCCGAUUACGACGAAGUUGGAGGAUUUUCUCAGGAGCAGUAUUUCACGCCUCUCAAAAAGGUCGCCACCAAGAAGGCACCCAAGAAACCCGCUGCCCGCAACCAAGCCCCUGUUACCCGCAAGCAGCCUGGUCGUCGCGGCAAGAAGUAA